GACAGCUUUGAUUUCUGGCUGCAAAAAAGAUAUGAGGAAGAGCUCCUCCCCUUCCUUGAGUAACUGCAACUCCGUUCUUGCUAACAAAAUAUUUGGAAUUCCACUUGAUGAGCUGCAGCAGGGAGGACAUCCAGACAAUGAGGUUCCGUUCAUAGUCCGCCACGUUGUGGACUAUAUUGAGGAACAUGGAGGUCUGGAGCAACAAGGACUUUUUCAAGUCAAUGGAAAUGCUGAGACAGUGGAGUGGCUUCGGCAGAGAUACGACAAUGGAGAAGAGGUGGAUUUGGUUAAGGAAGCAGAUGUUCCCUCAGCUAUUAGUCUUCUUAGGUUUUUCCUCCAAGAACUUCCUGAACCUGUUAUCCCUGGCAGUUUACAUAUUCACUUGAUGCAGCUUUCUCAAGAUUAUAAUAAUGAAGAUGAAUUUGGAAGAAAGUUGAAAUUCCUCUUGCAACAGCUUCCACCUGUGAAUUACAGUUUGUUAAAGUUUCUGUGUAGAUUUUUAGCCAAUGUAGCAUCGCAUCAUGAAGAAAUUUGGUCUGCAAAUUCUUUGGCUGCUGUCUUUGGUCCAGAUGUCUUCCACAUUUAUACAGAUGUGGAAGAUCUGAAAGAGCAAGAAAUAGUUAGCAGGAUAAUGGCUGGACUUAUGGAAAAUUAUUACGAGUUUUUUGAGAAUGAAGAGGAAGAUUUUUCAUCUAAUGAUUUGAGUUCAAUUACAGAACAGGUUAAUGAACUUUCUGAGGAAGAAGAGGAAGAUGAAAAGCUGGAACAUAUAGAGGAACUUCCAGAAGAAGGUGCAGAAAAAUCAGAUGACAUGCCAGAGGUUGUACAAUUGAGAAUGACGGAAGAAAUCCUAGAACCAAAUGGUGUUACAGCAUCAACAAGGGUUGAUUUUGCUGCUGAUAUUAAUGCCAGUAAGAGUAACAGAGACUGUUCAGAACCUGUGGCUAGCUCUGUAGGUAUAUUGUUAGAGCCAUGCAGUGACCGUGGUGAUAGUGAAGACGGCUGUUUUGAGAGGAAAGAAUAUUUGUCAUUUGACAGUGGUACAUUAUCACACUUGAUUCUGGAGUCUAGUAGCAAGAUUUGUGAUUUGAAUGCCAACACUGAAUCAGAAGUGCCAGGAGGUCAAAGUGUUGGUGUUCAAGGGGAAGCAGCAUGUGUCCAAAUUCCACAUUUAGAUCUGAAGAAUGUUUCUGAUGGUGAUAAAUGGGAAGCGUCAUGCCCUAUCACUUUUCCCCUCAUUGAUUUCAAAACAAUGCAUCUGCAGAGAGAUGGGGAGGAUCCAUUUCCCGCUUUCAAGUCUUGGCAAGAGGACUCUGAGUCUGGAGAAGCUCAACUAUCUCCACAAGCUGGAAGAAUGAAUCAUCAUCCUUUGGAAGAAGACUGUCCUCCAGUAUUAUCACACCGUAGUUUAGAUUUUGGACAAAGCCAACGUUUCCUACAUGACCCCGAAAUGUUGGAUUCCUCAUCUAAAGCACUUUCUUUUGCUAGGACUCGAAGAUCAUCCUUUAAUUCAAAAGAUGAAAAAAGAGAAGACAGAUCACCGUAUCAGUUGGUCAAGAAAUUUCAGAAAAAAAUCAGACAAUUUGAAGAACAGUUUGAAAGGGAAAGAAAUAGCAAACCCUCCUACAGUGACAUUGCAGCCAAUCCAAAGGUAUUAAAAUGGAUGACAGAGCUUACCAAAUUGCGGAAGCAAAUUAAAGAUGCAAAACACAAAGGCUCUGAUGGAGAAUUUAUACCUCAGACACGUCCACGUAGUAACACUCUUCCAAAAAGCUUUGGUUCUUCUCUAGACCAUGAAGAUGAAGAAAAUGAAGAUGAGUCCAGGGUCAGUCAGAGGGAGAGGAAACCAUCUAAGGAAGCAACACUUGAACUUAUUCUGAAAAGGCUGAAAGAAAAACGUGUUGAGAGAUGUCUUCCAGAAGAUAUCAAAAAAAUGACAAAAGACCAUUUGGUAGAAGAGAAAAGUUCUCUACAGAAAAGUCUUUUAUACUAUGAAAGUCAACAUGGAAGGCCGGUGACAAGGGAAGAAAGGCACAUUGUUAAACCUCUAUAUGAUAGAUACAGACUUGUAAAGCAGAUGCUGACAAGAGCGAGCAUCACUCCUAUCCUUGGAUCUCCAUCCACCAAGCGAAGGGUGCAGAUGUUACAGCCAAUCAUAGAAGGAGAAACUGCACAUUUUUUUGAGGAAAUUAAGGAAGAAGAAGAAGAUGGUGUUAGUCUGUCAUCUGAGUUCAGUGAUAUUCUGAAAACUGCUGUACAGACACACUCUUUUUCAAGUUCUUUAGAAAACUCAGAAUCUGAUGUUGAAGAAAACCAAGAAAAGUUGGCUCUGGAUCUCCGAUUGUCAAGUACUCGAGCAGCUUCAAUGCCUGAAUUAUUGGAACAACUCUGGAAAGCUAGAGCUGAAAAAAAGAAACUACGUAAAACAUUACGGGAAUUUGAAGAAGCAUUUUAUCAACAAAAUGGAAGGAAUGCCCAAAAAGAGGAUCGUGUUCCAGUGCUUGAGGAGUACAGGGAGUACAAGAAAAUUAAAGCCAAACUUAGGCUUCUUGAAGUUCUUAUCAGCAAACAAGAUUCUUCAAAAUCCAUAUAAAACAUCCUUUGAAACAUCAUAAAAUCAGUUAUAUUCCUUGCUACCAUCAUGUAUUCUUGGCUGGUACUUGAUUUCGUUUUGUUAGGCACACAGAGCUUCAAUUUGUACUCGGUUGUGGUGCCACUAAAGAAAUUAUGGGAGGGUAAGUAGGCCCUCUACAGGGAGCUUAAGUGAUGUUCAGAUUAGCCACAGCUCGAUCUCUCCAUCUUUAGUAAAAAUGCAGUUUCCUUCACUGUUUUGUACUACAGAUAAAUCCUGUCCUCUAAAGACUAGAAUUUCAUCCUUUCAACUUCAAGAACUUUGGAAAUACAAGUUUUUCGUUAUUAUCAACUUUAUUAUAUUUUGCCAUUACUGAAGAAAAUUGAGAGGAAAAUCUUCACACCACACUGAAUUCUUCGCUUGCCUUUUUCUUACAGAAUGACUGGAAAUUUGAAAGAAAAGCCUAUAAAAGUGCAAAUAUGCAACUGUGUUCUAUCUUUUCCUAGCAAACCAAAAUCAGACUGACAAUUCAAGUCCAACUAUGGAGCCACCUUUUUGUUCACUUCCCAAAAUGACACUUUCUCACAGGUAGUAUGCUAGCAAAAUCUCAUACUUCAGUGGUCACACAACUUCUGAAUGAAGAUAACAGUGGGUAGACCAAAAAGUGGCCUUGUUUUAAGUAUAAUAAAAAUAUACAUCACACACACAAUUGAAUUAUAUCACAUGCUGCCUAUGGGACUUACGUUACUAUUUGUUUUCUCAGUUACCUGUGUAUCAGCUGGUGAUGAUGUGAUUUGUCUGGGUCAGAUCUGAGUUGUUUCCCCCACCCACCUCCAGAUAAUGUGAGAAAAUUGCCAUGUCAGUAUGCAGGAAGUUUGUUGGUGCUCUGACUUGUAUGUUCAAUCAACAGGGCCUACAUUGGCAAAAUAGUCAUUAUGCCUAAAGUAAAUUUAUUUUUAACAAGGGCUAAUACCACUGCAAUUUUUACAUGUAUCUUCAGGGGGGUCGCAUUGUUUUGUUUCUUUUAAUCGGCAAAAUUCACACCAAAACAUCCUUUUGCUCGAUCACAUGUUGUUUAAAGCAGCUGGUUAUGAGAUGUGUAGUGGUAUGCCCCUUGACACAUACUGUAAGCAUAUCUUUUUUCAUUGGCUUUGCAUGGCUUUCUUAAGGUAAUCUACCUGUAUUGUUCUAAUUUUUUUCAUAGAAUGGUGAGUUUAUUUGUGCUAACAAUACAACAGUCAUUAAUAGCUGAUUCUGGUCAGGCUUAAUCUAAGUGUUAAUUUUUCUCCCCCUGGUGCGUUUUUGGAUUGAUAAGUGUCUUGUUUUGACUGUGGCCAUGUUUUGCAUGCAGUGAUUCAUGCAUGGUUUUCUUACUAGCUAAUAGUAACAGUUAUGUAUCAAAACAGACUUUUGCAACAUCCUUUAAUAAGGUGAGGGAAGCAUGAACCUCGGGUUUCUGGCAUUAUUACAUAGUAAGCACAUGAAGUAGCUUGAUAAUAAAUAGUGUUUCUAGUACUUCAGAUUUCACCUGUGUGUGCAAUGCCUUUGGGGGGGGGAGGGGGAGGGAAAACGCAGUGGUAGUGAAUGUGUAGUUGGGGAAUAAAACAAGCACUAAAUCCAGCCCUUUUUUGCAUGGUUUCCUUUUGAUACAGCUAGGUUAUUCAUAAUAUAUACCUUGAAAAGUAAAAUUGAAACACCAGAAAAUGUGUCACUUGGGUUUGAAUCCAUCAUGCAGUGUGCAUUUUAGUUCAUUUCUCUCCGUCUCCAGACAGGAGUGUAUCUAAACAUCAGAUUUAAUGUGCACUGUGUAUUGUUUUAUGUGAAUGUUUGUGUUUUAUAUGCCACAUGCAAAAAUGUCCAUAUGCACUAUUUAAAUGUUUUAAAUAAUAUAUUCCUUCUUUAUAAUGCUUAAAUCUAUAUGAGUACCAUAUUUUUAUAAGUCAGUGGCCUGACUGGUUUCAUUUUAAAAUUAACAGCUGCUUCAUGAUGUUUGUUACUCAAUGUUAAUGUUUGGCUGUUAAGUAGAAUAGAUAAAAGUGGCAUGGCAGCACUUACACUAUGUGACAGUAUUGUGUGUCAUAGUUGAGCAGUAGAUGGUAGAAAUAGGCAAUCUGAUAGUUUUACCUUAGUACAAGUCAAAACUGUAUAUCUAUAUACAGAUAAUAUAUAGAUAUAUAUGUCCACCCGUGUAAUUGCAUUACUGUGUCUGGCACUUCAUUGUAUAGACUUUUGUAAUAAAAGAACUUAAUCUUAAUGUUCAAA